AUUUACUUUCCCCCAAUGGCACAGCGCCACGUCCUUCAUUCUUACCACUUCCAAUUUCUUCGUUCCUUCUACUCUCUCUCUUUCUCUCUCUUUUUUUUGCUUACACCUGCCAUUCUUCCUUUCGUUCUACAGUGUAAAACUGGUGUUAUUUUGUUCGGACUGUCUCCACCUGCUUUUAUCAUCUCCCCCCAUCUUCCAUUUAGUUUUGCUUUUUGCCUUGCAAAUCCUGAAUGCUAUAUAAAGGAGUCGCAUAAAGCAGAAUCAGAAUCCGGAUUUGAACAAAACAUGAAGGCGCACGCUCUGCUCGCUCUACUGUUUAUUUACAGCGUACACGGUCUUCAGAAUCCUCUGAGAGACUUAGGUACGCUGAUUGGUCAAGAGGAAAACAAUCUCGAUCCUAAAGACGAGCUGGUGACGAAUCCGGAAAACGUAAAAGCGCCGGAUGAAAGCCUGGAGCACACGCAACGUGACCUGGACAAUCGAGUAUUCUUCUUCCUUUACACGAAAGACAAUCCGAUCGAAGGACAGCGAUUGUAUGUCGGCGACGAUGAUGCACUGCAGAAGAGCAACUUCAACUUUAGCAGACCUACGAAAUUUGUCACCCAUGGAUGGAUAAACACUGUGAAAGAUGGCGCGGUCGCUUUGGUUCGCGAUGCUUACUUGCAGCAUGGCGACUACAACGUCGUUGGAAUCGACUGGGGUGCAAUCUCAUUCACGCCAUACGAAUGGGCCAGCUCUCGCGUUGUGAUGGUCAGCAAAUACUGUUCCGCCUUCAUCGAUUUCCUUCAGCAAAAAGGAUUGGAUUUAUCGCAAGUGACGAUUGUCGGUCACUCGCUUGGUGGCCAAAUAGCCGGAUUGACGGCACGUUACAUUGAAGGUCACGUGGACCUCGUUAUUGCUUUAGAUCCAGCUCUCCCGAACUUUCAGCUUGCUGGGCCUGGCAGCAGGGUAGCUCGCGGGGACGCAAGAUACGUGGAGGUGAUUCACACGAACGCCGGCGUUUUUGGUUACUCGGAGGCGAUCGGCGACAUCGAUUUCUAUCCUAAUGGCGGUGGUCUACAAGCAGGCUGCAAGACCGAGACCUGCUCUCACCUGAGAGCGUUCAAGUAUUUCGCGGAGUCUAUUAACAGCUCUGACUUCGUGGCGGUGGAAUGCAGCAGCUACUCCAAAUUCCGCAAUGGCGAAUGUAAGUCGAAUCGUAAGGUUUCCUUAGGAGGUGUCCAACCGGACUACAGUAUUAAGGGAAAAUACUAUUUGAGGACGAACGAAACCCCUAAGUACGCGCAGGGCGAUAUUUUACAAUAGAUUUACGGAGCACAAGAAACAGCUGUUUUAUAUUAGUUUAUAAAAGUAACAAUAAGA